UAUUAUGACAUUAAAAUGUGGGAUUGUAGGGCUACCUAAUGUUGGUAAAUCUACUUUAUUCAAUGCUUUAACUGCUAGUUGUGCUGCAGAGGCAGCUAAUUAUCCAUUUUGUACAAUAGAACCAAAUAGUGGUAUAGUUUCAGUACCUGACGAAAGAUUGCAUAAAUUAUCUUCUAUUGUAGGGUCUAGUAAAAUUAUUCCUACUUAUAUAGAAUUUGUGGAUAUUGCUGGCUUAGUGAAGGGAGCUAGCAAGGGAGAAGGACUUGGUAAUAAGUUUUUAUCUCAUAUAAGGGAGGUAGAUGCUAUUAUACAUGUACUACGUUGUUUUGAAGACAUUGAUAUUACUCAUGUGUAUAAUAAAAUUGAUCCACUAAAUGAUGCUGAAAUAAUAGAAACAGAGUUAAUUUUAGCAGAUCUCGAGUCUGUACAAAAACGUUUAGCAAAUAGCGAAAAACGUUUAAAAUCAAAUGAUAAAACUCUACAAGAACAAAUAAAUUUAUUAAACGAACUAUCCCAAAUUCUCGCUAAAGGUAAACCGGCACGUGAGCUAACUGGUUUAUACGAUCAAGAAACUUUAAAUCAACUACAAUUAUUAACAUUAAAACCAGUUUUAUAUGUUUGCAAUGUAUUAGAACAAUAUGCUCUAUCAGGUAAUAAAUUUACUAAAAUGAUAGAAGAAAAAACACAAAAAGAAGAUGCACAAUAUGUUAUUAUCUCAUCAAAAAUAGAAGCUGAGAUAGCUACUUUAGAAAAUGAGGAAGAAAAAAAAGAAUUUCUGAGUACUAUAGGACUUAUUGAAACUGGAUUAAAAGCUGAGAUAGCUACUUUAGAAAAUGAGGAAGAAAAAAAAGAAUUUCUGAGUACUAUAGGACUUAUUGAAACUGGAUUAAUUGGUCCUAAAGAAGCACAUGCUUGGACUUUUAAAAAUGGUACAACAGCUGCUCAGGGAGCUGGCAUUAUUCAUACUGAUUUUGAAAAAGGUAGUGAAGUAAAAGCUAAAGAAAUGGGGAAACUACGUUUAGAAGGCAAAGAUUAUAAGAUGCAAGAUGGUUUUGCAUUUGGUAUAUUAUCGCUUGGUAGAUUUUCUGAUAUAUGGGGUAGAAGACCAAUUAUAUUAUUUGGCUUAUUAAUCUAUAUAAUAUCAUCAAUUAGCAGUAUAUUUGUUAUUAAUAUCAAAAUGUUGAUGAUUUUACGUUUUUGUCAAGCUUUUGGUGCUAGUGUUGGUUCUGUGAUAGGUCAAGCAAUGGCUAGGGACUCUUACCAAGGAAGCCAGAACUACGAUUAUUCCAGCUAUUGGAUCAACAAUUGCUGGAUAUAUAGUAGAAUAUUCAAGUUGGAAAUAUAUUUUUGUAUUUCUAAGUGUAACACCAUCAUUUUAUGGGAAGCUAGCUUUUUUGUUAAGUAUAUCAAUGUUAAGUUUAAUAGGGAGUAUUAUACUUGUAAUAUCAUCUUAUUGGCUUUC